UUACCCAGUGCGCACGCGCGGCCCCGCCCUUCCAGUCACGCGGUCGCCGGCUCUGAGUCUUCGCUACAGGUUUCCCCACCACCGGCUCCAGGAAUCCGGCGUACGGCUGCCGCCAUGACUCGCGCCGCCCUUCCCUCGCCACUGCAUCCCCUCCUCUUGGGCCUCCUCCUUCUCCUCUCUGCUCUGCAGGGCGGCCACGGCCUGCACACCAAAGGUGCCCUUCCUCUGGACACAAUCACUUUCUAUAAGGUCAUUCCCAAAAGCAAGUUCGUCUUGGUGAAGUUCGACACACAGUACCCCUACGGUGAGAAGCAGGAUGAGUUCAAGCGCCUGGCUGAAAACUCGGCCUCCAGCGAUGACCUCUUGGUGGCAGAGGUGGGGAUCUCAGAUUAUGGUGACAAGCUGAACUUGGAGCUGAGUGAGAAAUACAAGCUAGACAAGGAGAGCUACCCAGUCUUCUACCUCUUCCGGGAUGGGGACUUUGAAAACCCAAUCCUGUAUAGUGGGGCGGUGAAAGUUGGAGCCAUCCAGCGCUGGCUGAAGGGGCAGGGGAUCUACCUAGGUAUGCCUGGUUGCCUGCCUGUGUAUGAUGCCCUGGCAGGAGAGUUCAUUAGGGCCUCCAGCACGGAGGCUCGCCAAGCCCUCUUGAAACAAGGACAGGACAACCUCUCAAGUGUGAAGGAGACAGAGAAGAAGUGGGCCGAGCAGUAUCUGAAGAUCAUGGGGAAGGUACUAGACCAAGGUGAGGAUUUCCCAGCAUCAGAGAUGACCCGGAUCACCAAGCUGAUCGAGAAGAACAAGAUGAGUGAUGGGAAGAAGGAAGAGCUCCAGAAGAGCUUAAACAUCCUGACUGCCUUCCAGAAGAAGGGGGCUGAGAAGGAGGAGCUGUGAAAGGCACUCAAGUUUCCUAGCGUUUGCUGGGGGUAGGGAGGGGAGAGUUACCUAUUGGCCUUGAGACCCAUGUGGGAUGGAUGGGUGGGGGGUGUGGAAAAGGUGGUACUAAACUGAGAUCUGAGCCCUGAGCCCAUUAACCAUGCUUGGGGUGUUUCUCAAGCUGUUUGGGGAGAGCUGGUGGCUCCACUCCAGCAGCGAUGAAAGGCCCCUCAGAAGGAACUGGUGCUAUAAAGAGGGUACUGCCCAUAUCUACGACAAGAAAUUUCUGAUCCAAUAAAAGUCCCAUGUUUGGUUAA